AAUACUUUUAGACAAAUGACUGUGCAAUCGUAAUGAAUGAGAGAAGGCAGCCAGCUGGGCAUUUCACUGAAGAUAAGAGGGCGUGGAAUGUGAAGAGAUGCAAAUAAGCUAGCUACAAAUAAACAAUUUAGCUAGCGAUCUUAUUCUCCCAAUACCGCUAUGGCAGGAAUAAUAAAAAAACAAAUAUUGAAACAUUUGUCCAGGUUCACCAAGAACCUGUCUCCAGACAAGAUAAACCUGAGCACACUGAAGGGCGAGGGUCAGCUGUCCAACCUGGAGCUGGAUGAGGAGGUGCUGCAGAACAUGCUGGACUUGCCUACCUGGUUGGCUGUCACCCGGGUCUACUGCAACAAGGCUGCAAUCAGGAUACAAUGGACAAAGUUGAAGACCAGCCCCAUCUGCCUGUUCCUGGACAAGGUGGAGGUGGAGAUGAGAACGUGUGAGGAGCCCCGUGCACCAAAUGGCCCCUCCCCUAUUGCCAUCACUGCUGGCCAGAGUGAGUAUGGCUUCGCUGAGAAGGUGGUGGAGGGAAUGUCUGUCAUCAUCAACUCCAUCACCAUCAAGGUGCAGUCCCGUGCCUUUCACGCCUCCUUCGAGCUCUGGCAGCUCCAGGGUAACAGUCUCAACCCCAAAUGGCAGAAGACUGACCUCCGCUACACCCGCAUCACAGAUCCCAAGAGAGGAGAGGUUUUGACGUUUAAGGAGAUCAACUGGCAGAGUCUGCGUAUAGAGGCUGAUGCCAUAGAGAGUGAAGACCAGGACCUGGGCAGUAUCCCACUACGCCUCAUUACCAACCAGGGACGCAUCCGCAUUGCCCUGAAGCGUAGGGUGAAGGACUGUAAUGUUCUGGCCUCGAAGCUGCUCUUCAUUUUGGACGACCUGCUGUGGGUGCUGACGGACUCUCAGCUCAAAGCUGUCAUCCACUACGCCAAGUCCCUGAGUGAGGCCAUGGAGAAGUCUGCCCAGCAGAGGAAGAAUAUGGCUGCAGAGUCUCUACAGACUGCACCCCCAUCCCCUGGAAUCCACAAUCUAUGGACAGACCCUUCACCCCCUCCCAACGUUGGUGUACCCAGUACCCUGGACCAGUACUUUGAUCAACACGACGUCAAAGAGUCCUCCUACCACACCUUCAUCUCUCGUCUAGACCUGCACAUAUGCAACGACAGCUCCUCAACAGACCCCGAUGAGCCUCCACCUCCAGGCUCCCAGGGUGCAAUGCAGUUGACCUUCCGCAAGCUGGGUUUUGACUACUAUCCCAUCCACCGGCCUGCCGAUGGCUGUCAGCACUGGGAGCGUCACUGUGGAGCAAUGGAGGCCCGAGCCCAGUGGGCUUGCAGACUGCUGCAGGAGUUCCAGAGGAGGGUGGAGGCGUCAGGUAUCCCUGGUCCACAUUCUGAGAUCCCCAACCAGGCCAAGGACUCCCCCGCCAAGAGGGCUCACGGCCCCAAUUGUGUCUCUCUUGACACAGAUGGACAGCCCAGCCCCCCUGACAGGGAUCAGAGCUCCAGGAGGAACUCAAUAGCACCUCCUCCCCCGGGGAAUCCUCUGAAGAGGCUCCGCUCUAGCUGUGUGGUGGUACGAAUGGACGACCUUGAUAUCCAUCAGGUGUCUACAGGGGGACGCCACAGCAAGAAGACCCAGUCCUUAAUAUCCUGUAACCGCAAGGCCCUGAACCUAGCAGACAAUAUACCAGCCAUCCACCUGCAAUUCACAGAGUAUUACUUCCCUGACAACCCUGGUUUGCCUGUACCCAACACUAACCUGUAUGCCCAGCUGAACGGCCUACAGCUGUGCCUAGACCCAGCUAGUCUGCUGUGGGUCAACCUGUUCUCGCGGGGCCUGCUGCGUACCCUGGAGCAGGUCAAAGCCUUCUACCAACUCCAGGACGGCAGCAAGGCAGAGGAGCACGUGGACAUCCGCAUGGACGCAGCACAGAUCAAAUUGAUUAUUCCCCUGGAGUCAUCCAUCAUGGACCACCAAGACAGGCCCCAGUCUCUGAACAUCACUGUUCCCCAGAUGGUCCUCAGCAACACCUGCCACUCCCCACACGGCACCCGGGCCGACCUCAACGCCACCUACAGCAGCUUCUCCACCUGCCACUUCUUCCAGUCCGCUCCCCCCUGCUCCUUCCCCCGAGACCAGAGCGCCUUUCUCCCCCUACCCUCUGCCUUCCUCCAGCACUCCCUGGAGAUGGAGCCCCUGCCCUUUUCUGAGAUGAGGCCCCUCCAGGCCAAGGACGUCUGGUCCCUAAGUCUCUCCCGCCUGUCCGUGAGCUUCGAGGGGGCACGGAAAAGCAACAAGGGCAGAGCUCACCCCUUCGUGGAGCCUUUCACCAUGUCUGUGUGGAUAUGUCGUCCAUGUGCGUUUAAGGGCUGUUCCCUGGUCUCCUCUCCCAGUGAACAAGCUCCUGUAGAUCCCAACCAUGGAUCCUUAGAGCAGGAGAACCAGCUCCCUUCCAACCCUGACCACCACAACCAGGACAGUAAAAAGGAGGCUCCAGUGGCCUCUAUUCACUUCCUGGCCCAGGCCAUCACACCGGUCAAAGUGUGGCUCAACCACUACCAGUAUGUGGCCCUGCUGCGGAUGAAGGACACCCUGGCCAGGCUGGGGGGCGAGCUGGGCCGGGACACCAGGGACGCUAAGCAGGCCAGGGGCCAGGAGUCUGAGCCCCCUACGAUGUGCCUAGCCCUUCUAAUGGACUCAGUGGAGCUGGGGUUCCUGCUACCACCUGCAGCCAUGGAGCCAGAGGAGGAAGAGGCCCACACCCCAGGAUCUGAAAGCCCCAGCCUGACAGACUCUGACCUCUCCCCCACUCACCAAGCUACAUCGCCAGGCCCUCUUGAGGACAGUGGGAUAGGAAACGGUACUGCCACCGUCAACAGCUCUCCUCCCAUUGAGCAGGAAGUGGAUUGUGUGGUAGAGGAGGCCAGCGAGGCAGUAGAGGUCAUGGAGGGGGAGACAACCCAGGAGGAUGGUCCUGUCCCCUCUCCUCCCUUCUCCCCUGAACACCAUCCCUCCCUCCUGUCUAGGGACCCCUCUACCUUCAGCCUGGAGGAAGAGCUGUCCAACGCCCUCACCGCCACCAAGGACGUCACCAAAGAUGCCUUUAGUGCCUCCCUGGACCUGACUAAAGGGGCGUUCUCCAUCACAAAAGAUGCCUUCAGCUUCAUGAGUCGCGGGUCAGGGAUGAGCAAGCUGUUCACUACACAGGCCAAGGAGCAGCGCCCCGAGGAGGGAUGCCCUAUGGCCAGUCUGCGGCUCCAGUCCAUGAAGCUGUCUCUCUCACAGUACUCAUUUGACAGCGCCAUCCUGGAUGGAAGCCUGCCCGACGACCACCUCUCAGUGGACAGCGACUGUAGUGACAACAUUCUCAUGGAUGAGUCAGGAGUAGAGUCCAUGAUGCGACCCAACAGCACCCUUGGGCCCAUGGAUAGUGGAGGCAGCGCUGCCCCGGGGACAGAGGGAGGGUCAUCAGCCGACCUGAGCAGCUCCCUGUCCCAGAGCAUUGAGGACAUCACACAGGACACAGCCUCUGUGUUGUUGCUGGUGCUCAGUGGUAUUGCCUGUGUGGCGGACCUGAAGGGAGAGGACCUGGUGGUGGCCGUGGAGGUCCAGCAUCUCACCUCCAGACAGAUGGGCAACGUAAGGGUCUCUGACCUGCUGGCCAGACAAAUGUCAGGUGGGUCCACCCUGGGACAGAGACAGGGCUGCAGGUCAGCUCCAGUGGUGGGCAUGCGAAUAGAGAUGGGUCCCUCUGCAGCACGGCACGGUCCCCUCUCUGCGUUGGUAGGUCACCUGGAGCUGGGUGUGCAGGGCUGUCGGGCGGAGCUCCUGGCCUCCACCCUGGCUACCCUGGGGCCCUUCCUGGAGGAUGAGCUCAGUGCUGAUGUCCAGCCCAUGAAGAUCCGCCUGGACAAUGUCACCAUCACUCUGAAGGAUGAUGGUCCCAAGAUCUACCCGACGGCCCCCCAGCCCCAACCUGCCACCUUUACCAUAGACCAGGUGGUUCUGGAGCGCUCUGAUGAUGGCUUGUUUAGAAUCAAAGGUGGUGCAGGCCCAGACUCUGCAGGUGGUGCUGUGGUAUGUUUGGAGAAACCAGACAGUUCUUGUUCUGUCCAACCACAGCAGAGCACGAGUCCAUCCCUGGGGUCCCAGCUAUUGGAGGCUCAGUUGGCCCUCUCUCAAGCCCUCACUGACCGAGAACGUCUCCUCCUGGAGGUCAGGAAGUACGACCCCAUGUUUGACCUGUGACCACUUUACUCCCCCAACCAGCAGAGGGCGAUAUACUGACACUGCAUCUAAGGGAGUAAAGGAACUGAAUGAAAUGUCUGGACUCAGGCAUAUGACAAUUUGUAAACAACAAAGAUGAGCACCCAAUGGUGGAAUCCACCCUGGUAGUUCAAAAGCUCAAGCUCUUCUAAUGAAUUGUACAAACAGUGUGUCACUUCCAGAGAACACAUAGGGGGCCCUUGUAUUAACAAGAAGCCCCACUGAAGUCACUAUUUACACUCUGAGGUACAUAACAGGCACUAGUUUCAUCUGACAAUCUAAACAUGUUCACUUCUGCUGUACAAAAGCAGUUUUAAUUUAAACCACCAUAGAGAAUAGUUAACUCAUUGUUGGGCUGCAACUCAAUUGCCAUUUAUCUUUGAUUUGAAGAACACAUGCCAAAAUGUGUCUUGUAGACUGAGUGGUUAGAGCCCGGAAUGCUGAUUGGCUGAUGGCCGUGGUAUAUCAGACCGCAUACCACGGGUAUGACAAAACAUGUAUUUUUACUCCUCUAAUUACAUUGAUAACCAGUUUAAAAUAGCAGUAAGGCACCCCGGGGUUUUGUGGUAUAUGACCAAUAUACCAAGGGCUGUGUCCGGGCACUCCGCAAUGUGUUGUGCAUAAGAACAUCCCUUAGCUGUGGUAUAUUGGCCAUAUACCACACCCAUUGUGUCUUAUUGCUUAAUUAUAUGCACUGUGUCUUAUAUGCCAGAGAACAGUCAGAGUUGUAAUUGAUGUCUGUUGAUGAUAUGUUUUCAUGUACAAAUCAUUCACUGUCAGGCAUGCUGUGUGAAGAUCACUAGUGUUUUAGGAAUCUUGGUGUGUGGGUUUACAAACAUCCACAAAGCUUCAAAGAUAAAACUGCUUGUCAAUGUUAAGUAGGUCCUGUCCAUAGUUGUACAUAACUGUAGGUCUGUAUAGUUAGGAGCUGGUAUCUUAGAUGCAUUAAUGUAACCAUUGUUUAGAACCAUAGUGUAUUAAAUAGAAGAGUAGGGAAAGAAAAGCACUUUGACUUCAAGCAGUACUGCACUGUAUCCAUGGAGCUCCUGUGAAUGGGAGCACAAGACAAACCUGCAUAUCUAUCCCUUUGAUUGAUUGGUUGUGUAUCAGAGGGUAGGGCAAGCUGUCUCCACACUGUUCAGACUUUUUCAGACACCAGGUCAUUCCCCAGUGUUAUCUUUGCAUCAUAAAAAAGUAUUACAUUUUGUGACUGUAAAGCUAUAUUUGUAUUCUUUGUUUAAUGUUCAGAUGACGCAUGCCUUUUGAGGAAAGGUUCCACAAUUGUUGCGGUACGUUAACUCAUUUAGUUUGUUACAUGAGGUGUACCCUGCCCUCAGACCGGUAUUACUUGAUCUCCUUAACUCACUCAUCUGCAUGGAGAAACACACAUUCUAGGCAUUUACUAAUACCUCACUGCAUGGAUGAAAUGUAGUGUUAUUCUUUUGAUAUGAACUUUUACAGGCAUGUAACAUGAAUUUUUCUUUUUGCAGCUGUUGUCUUUUUUAAAAUGAUUUUCCAAUUGACAGUGUAGCUACUAGCCAUUUCAAACAAACACUAGUGGCACAGCCAUCAUAUCAAAGAAUAGAGAUAAUGAAUCUUAAUUGUCUAUAUAUGCACAAUAUAUGUAUAAUACUAAUCAUUUUAUCUACAGUAAAACUGACAGGUGCAUUAAUGCCAAUUUGUUAAUGUAUUCCACCCAUUGGGUACCUUUCUAUUACUAUGUAAAGGUCGUGAAGCCUUUGUACUAAUUGGAAUCAUUUCUAGUAUUAUUUAAUGAUGUGGUUAUGUUUUAAUUAUAUAUUUUUGUAGCAUUUCUAGGGUAUGAUGUGGCGGUGACAUUAGAAGUAUUUAAAUUGUAUGUUUUGUAUGUUUUUUUUGUAUUUAGAUUAGUAUUUGGUCCUGAUGAGGGAGAGGAGAGACAUUGGAGUAACGUUACUUAGAUCCAAGUCACAUUCCGCAAAACAAGUGUGAGUUGUGAGAAACUCAAAUGGAUCAAGAGACUUUUUUGUGUAUGUGGUACAGUGCUAACAAGUUAAUAACUCCACAAGCCUCAGUUGAGCUUUUAGCGUCAUUCUCCACUCUCUUCUGAGUGGUAGCUUGAGACCUCUGGUGGUCAGAAUAAUAUGCCACUGAUUUUCUGGUUGCCUUCCAAUAUGAAUAUGAAUGACAGUGUUACUUUCUAAUUGUGGGAAGUACCAUGAAGCAAUAGCAGGAAGUCUGUUUUUUCCAUAUUCUGAGAGGGAAGUUUUUUAUUUUUUAUGUAUGAAUGCCUAAGAUUAUCAAAUAAAAAAUAGUCUAAUGGUUCA